AUGGAACGCGAUAUAAGUGAAGCCCUCAGUCAGGUUUUGCACGAGAGCGGUUAUGAGUUCGGUGGGGAUAGGAUCGUUGACGACAGCACAACUGUGCAGGUCAAAAACCCUGGAGCUAGACGUACUGGGGAGCAAAUGGAGGUGUUUUACAGUCGAACCACACAUCUUCUCUCUCAACCAAACUCCGAUGAUGAAGAUUUUGCAACCCUAUCCGACUCGGAACUCACAGAACGCUGUAGAGUCGACUCCAUGCGUGGUACAGCUGGUGCUAGUGAUGAUGAAGGACGUAAGCAUAUGGUGCUCAAAUACAGGAGAAGACGAGGUGGACAAUGGAGACAAGUACAACGGAGUGAUAGUCCUGUGCGCAAAGGAGACGAAGACGAGCUGGAG